AUGAUGAUAUCUUCUGAUCAUCUUAGCUUGCUAAUCUCGUGGCUCUCCACAUGCAGCGACGUCCGUGGUGCCCUGGAAGAGUACGGCAGUUUCGUGGCAGUUUAUGAUAAAGUUUCUUCAGAGCUCAACAAUAGAGUCCUUGGUGUCGUGAAAGAGUUGUUUGAUCUCCACACAGAAAUUAAAGCACAGAACAUUUGUGAAAAGCUUUAUAUUGGCUAUGUUGGGGAAUUGCCUAAUAUUCAAAUCCAUGAGAGCUUAGGGAUUGAAAAUGCAACAACUCUCGAAGGAGUUCAGAGUUUCACAAACCUCAUGUGGCCCUCAGGAAAUUACAAAUUCUGGUAUCAUAUUAAUCUUUAA